AUGGAGAAGUCCGGAAUUACAGAGAAUGAAGCAGAUGAAUCGGAUUCCUUGUCUGAUGAUUCUAACUAUCACAAACCGUUGCGCAGAAGGAGAAGUGCAACUGUGUCACCUGCAGCAGGAACUCGUUUUAGGCAUCACUCCAAGAGCAGACGACGUUCUGAAAUGAAUUUGAUAUCGCCCAAACAGGCUCCAUCGCUAAGACGACCUGACGGAUCACACAUGUCUCGAAGAUAUGAAGACAAAGAUAGUUUACGGAAAACAAACAGUAUGCCAAGCUUUGAGAAAACGCAACAAGCACAUGUAGAGGCUAUACGCCAAUUGCUGGACUUAUUCCCGAUCUCUCCCUGUAACCAGAGUUCAAGUGUACAUGAGGUCUGGCAGCCUCAUCGGCAGAAGUUAAUGCCGAAAAUGGACGAAACAGAAUCUGAAGAUGAUAUCAUCAAUACAGACAUCGAAGAGUUGCGUGAUGCUGCCCAAAGUAUUCAAUCAUUACAACGUGUUCUGAAGGUUCCACCGGAAUCAACGAAUAUAAACGUCGAAAUGGUUGAUAGGCGAACCGAUUGUCCAGUGGAGGGAGAUUCUAGCUCGGAAAGUCUUCGUCAAUCCGGCAUUGCGUCAAGAUUAGGUGGACAUCCGCGUGGCGUCAUCCAGUUUCUUCCAUCUGCGAAACAGACCGAAUUUUUCCCGGCAAUGGACACGUAUGACACGUAUAAUAAAAAUAAAACAAUAAACAAAAAAAGUGGAAGAUUUUUCCGUUCUCCAUCAAUCAGACUUGCAACAUUAAUGUUAUACAUUUUUAGCAAUACUUGCAAAAGCGGUAGGUGGUCGUUUCGUAGUGGUACUCCAAAUCUUCAGUAUUCAUCGAAAAAUGCUGAAAUCAUUGAACAAAAAUCACCUAUGGACUCAUUAACUGGUGUUAGUCGGUUCUCAAAACUUCUGAAAUCAUUGCGCUCCUCCAGACAAAAUUCACCGGAACCUCAAACAUCCAACUCAUGGAAUCCUUUGAUUUAUACAAAAACUUCUAGUGGUUUAACUAAUCCAAUGAUGCAAGCUGAUUUGUUACUUUGGAGCAAACGUUCUCGAGCAUCGAUUCGAAGACAUAAUGAUGUCCGCAAUAUGGCUAUUAGGGAACUUUGCGAUACUGAAAAAACCUUUGUUGAAGACUUGGAAUAUCUUACUCAGAAGUAUAUGCGACCUUUACGACAGCCACUGGAGUGUACGUUGAUAGAUCCCAUUCUAGCUGAUAAAAUUUUCUACAAAGUUCCAGAAAUCCUAAUUCACCAUCAGCACUUUUUAGCAGCAUUGUGUGAUAGAUUAGAUGCAUUUCAAACAGAUACAAGAAUUGGUGAUGUGCUUCUUUCCCAUUUUCGAAAGCAAUCAAUGGUUGAUACAUACAUUGCAUUUGUUGAUAAUUUCAAAUUUUCUAAACAAAGUAUAAAACAAGCACGUGAGCGUCCUGCAUUCGAAAAGUAUUAUAUGCGGUGUCGACGAGAUCAUCGGAAUAAACUGGACUUGGAUUCCUUACUUAUUUCACCUAUACAGCGAGUUCCACGUUACGAAUUAAUUGUAAAGCAAAUAAUCAAGCAUACAUCAGUGGAGCAUGCUGAUUAUGAUAGCUUAUUGUUAGCUCAAAAAUAUAUCCAUGAACUGGCAACUAAAAUUAAUCGACAGAAAGAAGAAAGUGAAGAAAUGGAGCAACGACUACGUGAAAUUGAAGCCAUUGUUGAUGGCCUUGAUGAUUUGGUUACAACUGGACGGUCUUUUAACCGUUAUGAUGUCGUGACGAUUUUGGGUACAAAGCAAAACAAACAGCGUUGUCUAUUUCUAAUGUCUGAUCAGAUUAUCGUAACAAAUGUAAGGAGAAAAUCAUCACCCUCAUUUCAUUCAUCAGAUUUCUUAGAUAACAAUCGCUUCAAGCUGCUUUUCAAGAUCUCAUUAGAUGAUGUUGUAAUUGCUAAAGAUACUUUAUCAUUACUGCAUACAGCUGAAAUGGAACUACAAAAUGCUCAGGAAGAUAUAAACAUUGUGAAUAAAAUGACUGAAUUAUCGAAGUUACUCAAGAAACCAAAUGUUGAAUUAGCUAAUAUGUUAGACAAUCUCGAGACUGAAACGAUGCAUCGAAAACGGGUUCUUCAAGAACAAAUGACAUCAGAUCCAUUGUUAACCAUAGUGCAGCUGCAAGUCACAACAACAAAUGGUGUUGGCGUACUCGUAAUACAGUUUCCCAGUGCCGAUCGACGCGCAAUUUGGGAGAAUGCGUUGAUUAAAGCAAAGACUGCUCUAAAGAAUGAAAUGCAAAAUGAAGAAAGGCCGAAUCACCUAAAAUCAAUUGUAACACAUCGAACUCGUCCUGGGCUAAUGUUCUCUGUAGCAGCGGCAGCUUUCGGGAAGAGUGCAGAAGGAGCACCGAAUGUUUGGGUCUGCGCAUCAGAUAAAUUUUCCGGUCAAGUUACUGUCAUAAACGUAAACGGUGAACCGACUAUAGAAAGUACUACAGGCAUUGGUAAUGCAGCUAUUAUUGCAAUCUGUUCCGUACCCGCUCCAAGGAAAAAAAGGAAAUUAGCAAAGUUGGUCGACUCGUCGUUGAAGGAUUUACCCGGCCUAGAGCUUGACAGCACUUCAUCGGAAUCAGGUGAAUCGGAUUUUGAAACAGCUCGACGAAAUAUUCAAUCUACUGUUUGGAUUGGCAAUGAGGAUGGAGAAAUAUUUGUUUUCAAUCUUUUGGAUAACGUCCGAUUGAAGGCUUGUGAAAGGAUGAUCAGACUUCCGAUGCCUGUAGACGACAUCGUUUAUUUGGAAGAGAAAGUUUUCGUUUCAAUCUCAUCAAAUUCACACAUUAAACUAUUACAAUUCCAAAGAAAUAAAGAAGGCAAAUGGGAUUUAGAUAAUCCGAAAUCAGUUCAUGUAAAUUUUCGCAGACGUUUAAGACCUAUGAGUGUUGCUGCUUCAAGACUUUGUUUUGCAUCUGGCAAUUCAAUUUAUCUGUUAAAUGCUUCUACUUUGCAAAUUGAAAAACAAGCAGCAAUAAGUACAAGUGCUAUGGAGAUGGUAGUUUGCAUGGCUGUACUCGGUUCAACAAUUUUUGUAGCCAUGAAUAAGUCAUCGAUUGUUAAAGUAAUCAAUGCGUUUACUUUGGAUUGCCAACAAGAGUUUAGUAUUUCACAUGUCGUCAAUAAGGCAUUGUCGAGCAGUGAAGAUAUUAUUCGCAAACAUAAGAUGGGAUGUUUGAGGAUAACAUCACUUUUAUGUUGUAACAGUCGUCUUUGGAUUGGUACUUCUGCUGGUAUCGUUAUUAACACACUCAUUCCAAAUAAUAAAAUGUUAAACUGGACACCUUCAUUAAAUGUGUGCCAAGCAGGACAUGUUGGACCUUGCAGAUUUCUGACUGCUGUUUCGGCCACAGCAACACCAUCAUUCGAUUUACGACGUCGACGAAUGUCACUUAGUGCUCCUAUAUUACAACAAACUGAACAGAUGUUCGUAGUAAGUGGUGGUGAAGGAUUCGAUAGUGGUGCUACACAAGUUGAGAAUGAGAAACGUGAAAUUGAUGAUGCCUUGAAUUACUUGUUGUUUUGGUCUGCUUAG